AUGCGCGCAGGAGCGCCGGAUCCUUGGGCACUCCAAGAGGCGAUCCUCAAAGAGGAGCGUCUCUUCGAUGACCAUCGAACGAUGAUUCAGGCUGGUGAGGAUGUGCGGAGAACCGCCAGGAUGAAUCCCAAGGAGCUGAAGUACAUGAGCAAAACAGCCUCUGUGCCAUCAUUUAGGAGCACGCUGACAGUCAGAGAUCGAACCUUCCUGCGCGAAUUCCACGAGAGGCCUCGAAAGGCGCAGCAGCUUGACGUCUACGCACCCUAUGCCGCGAUUUUCGAAGAGCCCGUAGACACGGAGUAUCGCCGGUCGUUCAGUGGGCGGCUUCCCCCUACCAAAGGAAGCAAGGGUGCCGGCCUUGCAUCCACAGUGUCCCUUGGAGCUCUCCAUGGUCCUCGGAGGGACCUGCAAGCUGCAGUGGAAGCACGCCUCAGUGCAGCGCCCUUUGGCGUCGUGAUGGGGGAGGUCCCUCGCGAGUCGACGCUUCGGUCCAGCUUCACUUUGCGGGACACGCAAUGGCCGCCGGCAGAGGGGCGAACACGCAUAGGCUGA